AGGUGUGUCCAGUGGAGCUAUGGAUGUAUGUGCCGCCAUCCUUCUUUUCGUGAGCAAAAGUGAGGCACUUGAUUAAUCUCUCUAGAAGAGCCAUGGUGUACCUUGCAGUUAAUAGGAGCAUUUAAGGAUAAAACUUUAUGGACAUGGCUUCGCAUACCUGAAAUUUUCUUCCCCUUUGGAAAAUCUGGGCAAAGAUAACCAGAGCUGAAGUCUGUUGUGAAUGAUAAAGCUUCAAAGGUCGAUUGAGUGCUCAAGAUGUGGACAGAAUGGCUGGGGAAAGGCAGAAAUUUAGCCGUUUAUCAUGGCAGAAUGGGCAGGGGAACAUGGCAGCAAAAACACUGUUUUCAUGUAACAUUGCAACAGCAUUUCUGUCUUUAAUUAUUGCAAUGAAUCUGUGCCAGUCGAACUCUGCAGUUCUGGUCAUUACAUCUCAGAAAGAUGGUAUCAGAAGAGGUGGAGAGAUGAGUGACAGUGUUGUCUGAUAUGGGAUGGCUUCCAUAUGAGAAGUCUCCAAAUGAGGAGGACUCUGAGGUAAAGAGACAGAAGCAAGAUGGGAUGAAGGUCUAUGAAAAUGUAAAUAUCAUAGAAUAGGCAGAUGAGAAGAAGUGUACUAUUUCUCAUAACAAGAAAUGCAUGAUACUCAGAAAAUUUAUAAAAAUCAGUGAAUGGUUUUGCAUGCAGAACUGAUCUCAGUUCAGUCCCUUCAGUAAAGAGAUUGAAGUCAGAGUGGUAUUGUAUUUAUUGUGUCCUCCUCUGUUCUGCACAGUUGCCAAUGAUAGUUAUCAGAUACAGGAUUUUGGGCUAAACAGACAGUUGCAUGACACUCUGUGGCAGUUCUUAUAAAAUAACAAAACAAGGAAGUUUCGAUAAAUGUAUUACUGACUUGGGAACGUGGACCAUGGUAGCCAGAGCUGGUGCCUUUUUUUAUUGCAAAAAAGAAAAAAAAAAAAGCCCAAACCAAACUCUUGGUGUUGCUCUUUUUCUGCAUGAGUCUGUGUCAGAAGUAAAGUAAGAAAGAUGAGCUCAUUGGUGAUUGUAAUGAUUCCUCUCUCAAUGUUCAUAAAAUGAAGGGUCAGUUGAAAUUCCUGUAGCAAAUUUAAUAUUUGUACAACACAAUCUUUACUUCUGUGUCGUCUUAGGACGUUUAAAUAUCAAAAGCACAGUCUUAACUACAGUUAAGUGAAGUUAAAAAAAAAUACAUUAAAUGUGAAUUUUGUGUGCAUGUAUGUGUUUGUGUACAUGCCCACGAAACAGACUGGAGAAACACAAGUAUUUUAGUAAUUUGCAUCUGAAAUAAAACACGCAAAUGAUAACUCUGCUACAAAGGCAUUCUACUGCGUGUAAAGAUUGCAUUCAAAAAACAGCAUUUCAUUUUAGUGGCAUAACUACAUCUGUAAACUACUGAGUAGUACUCUCCGCUGCAAUGAUAAGUAAGGGAUUAAAAUUGUAUUUUUAGUAGUUGACUUGAGAAUGGAGGUGAAAACUCCAAUGAACUUUAUAAUCAGGAAAUGAAUUCAGUAUAUUUUUGCAGAGUGUUUGAGUUUUUCUUUAAUGCUUAUCUCUUUCCUUUAGAGAAAUGUGAAGCCUAUGAUGUGAUGUUAAAGCAUAGUCUUGUGCCUGAUGGGCAGCCUCUUGCUAUUAAAUGUUCACUGGAAAAGAGCUUGAAAAGUGGAGACUACAACUUAACAUGGUAUAAAGUUGGUAACAAGAGAGCUGUGCCUAGAGACAAACUGUCUAGAGUUCAUCAGCAGAAGAAUCUGAUUUGGUUUCUUCCUGCCAUGUUAGAAGAUUCUGGAGAUUAUGAAUGUGUCAUAAGGAAUUUGACAAGCUGCAAAAAAAUGUGUACAAAAGUAACAGUUUUUGAGAGGAUUGAUGGUUUAUGCUUAAAUGAAAAAUUUGCUGUAGAGGAGGUGAUAUUCACAUCAUCUUCUGCAAAGGUCGUUUGUCCCCACUUGGAUUAUUUCAGGACAGAGAAGAAUAUUCAUCCUGUUCGUUGGUAUAAGGACUGCCAGCUGCUGAAAGGAAAAAGGUUUGCCCUUUCAAACAGUGACCUUAUAAUUUUCAAUGUGACUGUACAUGAUGGAGGAAACUACACAUGUGAAACAACAUAUACCUACAAUGGGAAACAAUAUAAUAUUUCACGAGACAUCAGUCUGGUUGUAGAAGUGACCCCACCAAAAAAGCCUCCAGAAAUAACUUACCCAAGAAACAACUCCAUUGAAGUGGAACUUGGCUCACAGGUUACUGUGGAUUGCAACACCACAGGUGCUGAUGGGUAUGAGGUGUACUGGACAGGCAACGGUGUGUAUAUUGAUGUGUUUUAUAUGAGCAGAAUUUUUGCAAGUCCCUAUGAGGGAGAAACUUCUUACGACGGGCGCCCUAUGCAUUCCGUGCAGCUAAUAAUUUCAGAAGUAAGGAGUGAAGACUAUGAACAGCCUUUUGUCUGUCAAGCUUCAAAUGCCUUUGGGCAAGUCGCAUCCUAUAUUAUAUUUAAACACAGAGUUCCUGACAUACGAAGAUGGCUGACUGGAGGGCUUGUCUCUUUGUUAAUUUUAACAUUUAUUACUUUAAUAAUCUUCAAGAUUUUCAAGAUUGAUUUGGUACUGUGGUACCGUAAUUCUGUCUGUGCCCUUACAAGUAAGGAAGAUGGGAAAAUCUACGAUGCAUAUGUCCUGUACACAAAAAGCAGUGAAGACAUGAGCAUAUGUUGUCUGGAAACCUUUGUUCGUAGGAUACUCCCAGAUGUUUUAGAAAAACAAUGUGGAUAUAACCUUUUCAUAUUAGGAAGGGAUGAUUUACCAGGAGAAGCUGUGGUCAGUGUUGCUGAUGAAACCCUUAAGCAAAGCAGAAGACUGAUGAUUAUUUUGGGAUCAGAAACAUCUAGGGGCUGCCUGUUGGAAGACACCUCUGAGCAACAGCUAGCUAUGUAUAAUGCUCUCAUCCGUGAUGGGAUUCAAGUAAUUCUUAUAGAAAUGGGUGAAAUACAGGACUACACGAGCAUGACAGAAUCAAUCAGAUUCAUUAAGCAAAAACAUGGAGCUAUUCAAUGGAAAGGAGACUUCUCAGAGAAAUCUUGUUCAGCAAACACAAGAUUCUGGAAAAAUGUGCGCUAUCAAAUGCCAUCCAGGAAAAAGGCAUCUAAUUCUGAAGUGUAUUCAUUGUCCCUAAUGUCAAACAGUUCUGCAGCAAAGGAAAGUUAAGAAGCAAUUAUUUAAAUAAUAGUAAGAAGAUAAUUCUGAAUUGGGAUGUUUCUUGCAUAUACUUUAUACUACAAAGUAGAUGUUUUCUUUGCAGAGUAGAAACUGCUCAUCUUUUCCAUAAAUUACACCCUAAAAGAAAAAACUCUGUGCAACUUUAUUUCUGUGACAGGUUUUGGAUAGUGACAAAAUUUGUUGUGUUAGUCUCCAUCAAAUAUUGUAAGUAAACAUGGUGAUGAUGAUAGGCUAUUAAGGAGCUGUGGUCCACAUAAAUGUUAUAUGAAGAAACAACUGUGAAGUCCAUUUUUUAAAAUCAAAACUGCAGUUGAUAAAUUAAAAGUCUAUUUCUAUCAUCAGCA